UCAUUUAGUUUGAAUCUUGAGCUAUUGCACUGUAGAUCGGUGAACGGAAAAAAGGCACUGCUUUCGGAUAGGGGCGGUGUGUACUGAAACGGAAGAAGGAAUUAAGUAGUGUUUGACGUUUACACAUAAAUACAUACAGACAUACAUACUUGCAAAUAUAAACACAACUAAUGUCUGCAACCAGUGGUUGUUUGAGAAAAAAAAGAGUGUAAUUGAUUUUAAUUCAAAUUAAAUUAGAACACGGCCAGUGAAGAAAUUGUAGAAAAUUUAUUCUAAAUUGUGAGUUUUGUUUAUUUUAUUAUAUUUACAAAAAAUGCACUUGUGUUAGUGUAUUUAAUUACAAUUAAAGUUCCAGAGGAAAGUUGUUUCCUUCGCCCAAAGGGAACCCUUAUUGUAGAGAAUUUGAUUAGUGACUUAAGCCUGUAUGAGACUGUAAUCCCUGCCACCUCUGUGAGAAAAACACAAAAUGUCGAACAAACAUCACUCAAUUGAGAUAAGUUCAUGUGUCAUGGAUCCACAGACCCAACUAUCCGAUGCCUUGGCCAAUAAGAAUAUCAAAGAAUUUCGUGUGGCCUUCGAUUUGGGAGCCGAUCCCUUGAGACUAGACAACAAUCAUCUGAGCAUUUUUGAUAAGGCCCUCAGCACAGCGGGUUGUGCAGAAUUUGUUGAGGAAUGCCUGCAGAGGGGUUGUAGUCCGAACUAUCGCAAUCCCCAUUUGGUAAAAUAUGCAAUUAGUUUUGCCACCGAUUCCCAGGAUCCACAGAUUUUAAGGUCACUGCUAAGGCAUCCUAAUGUCAUGGUGGACAAAAAAUAUCAUGAGCUAACGCCGCUCAACUCAUUGGCAAAGAAUUUGAAUAAUGAAAAUGUCAGCAAUGCCAAGGAGUGCAUGAAGUGCCUUUUGGACUAUGGCGCCUCGCCGAAUAUACCCAAUCAGGCCGAUUUCACGCCAUUGCAUUUUGUGGCGAGAAAUCGUAAAUUGGACGACAUCAAGAAAAGAGAAAUUGUGGAAAUGUUUUUGUCAUACCCGGACAUUGAUUUGGACACAUAUCGUGAGGGAGAGUUGAGAGAAAAACUUGAAGAACUUUAUCCCGACUUGCGUUUGCCGGAGGCCCGCAGCACCACAGAGGUAACAAUGGAAAAGCUGCUGUCCUACAUUAAGUGUGGCGAUACGGAAAAAUUCAAAGAACAAUUUCCCCAAUAUCAAUUGAAUAUUUCGGAUAAGGAUAAUCUAAAGAAUACUCUGAGGGAUGAAAAUGUCCCUCUGUUUCUGGAGGCCAUACGCAAGGGUCACAAUGAAGCAUUUGACAUGAUUUUGGCCAGCGGAGUGAAUUAUAAUGCCGUGCUAAAGGGUAACUCACCCAUGGAAGUGGCCACCAUCUACGGCAACAGCCAUGCUCUGCGUAAACUCCUGGAAUUGGAAGAUCUGGAAUUGAGGUUACGCGAUUAUCCUUUGAUAACAGUCAUACGAAAAAUGAACGAACAACCAGCCCAGGAAUAUUGCGAUUAUCGCAAAUGUUUCUAUACCCUGUUGGAAUCGGAUCGUAUCGAUAUCAACGAAAUGGAUAAGACUCGUUCCACUCCCCUGCACUAUGCCGUGAAAUAUCGCAACACCGAAGCCAUACGAGAGCUGUUGAAGCGUGGUGCCUACAUUGGGGUAAAGAGUCGUUUCAAUGAGCUGCCCAUCGAUGGCAUGAGUCCUGAGCUGUUGGAGGAUCAUUUCGAUCACUGCAUUAGUUCGAAUGGCGCCCGGGUGGGUGAUGAAAGCUUUGAGAUUUUGGUCAAUUUUAUGAACCUCAUGCCACAGGGCGAUAACAAGGCGAAACACAAGGCGAAGCAUCACUUGCGUGAGGAAAUGGCACCCAUUGCCUUUAUUGCCAAGUCUAAGGAACACCGUCAUCUACUGCAACAUCCGCUGGUCACGAGUUUCCUCUUCCUCAAAUGGCACCGCCUCUCAACGAUUUUCUAUAUCAAUUUCCUGCUCUACUUCUUCUUUGCCGUAUCGAUUAUAGCCCAUACGGUGCUGAAGUUCCGCGAAAGUGAUUCGAAUGCUGCCACGGUGAUUUUUGGUCUCAUCUCCUGGGUGGGCAUCUUCUAUAUGAUACUGCGCGAGGCCAUACAAUUUGUUAUGUCACCGGUGCACUAUUUCCGUUCGGCAACCAAUUACAUGGAAGUGGUGCUAAUUAUCCUGGCCAUUAUGACGUGCACUGAACCCACCUAUGAUCAUGAGACGCAGAGGAUCAUAGCCGUCUUUACCAUGCUUCUAAUAGCCGUGGAACUGUGUCUGCUGGUUGGCUCGCUACCCGUCCUUUCCAUUUCCACGCACAUGCUCAUGUUGGAGGCCGUCUGUAAGAGUUUCCUCAAAAGUUUCACUCUCUAUUCGAUUUUUGUCAUCACCUUCAGUUUAUGUUUUUACAUUUUGUUCGGCAAGCCCCAGGUCGAUGAGGAUGGCAAUCCCAUUACACCCGAAGACGAUGACUUCAAUAAAUUCUCCAACCCGCUGGCCGCGAUGAUUAAGACCAUUGUCAUGUUGACGGGUGAAUUUGAUGCUGGUGAUCUACAGUUCGACACACUCUAUAGUUAUUUGCUUUUCCUGCUCUUUGUCUUCCUGAUGACAAUUGUGCUCUUCAAUUUACUCAAUGGUUUGGCCGUGAGCGAUACACAAGCCAUCAAGGGCCAGGCCGAGUUGAACGGUGCCAUUUGUCGCACCCAGCUGUUGACGCGUUACGAGGAGGUACUUACCGGCCGUUCGGAACGUUCCAGUUUCAUUGUCAAUCAUGAGCCAUUCCGUUCGAUAUGCCGUCGCCUAAUGAACAUCUAUCCGAAUUAUCGUCACAUUGCCAUAUUGCCGAAUGACAGUAAUAAAAUUUUCAUACCCGUCGACGAUACCUAUGAAAUGAAAGAACUGGGUGUCCAAUUGAAAAAUAACUCCUUCCACCCGUUGCCAUCGAACGAUGGCGACAAGGUCAAGAAACUUCUGGAUGCUCCCGUACAAUUUCUACCCUGUCUCUGUUCAUGCAUCACCAACAAAUGUUCGGAAAUGGAUCGUCGCACCGUGAAAUUGGCCAUGGCUGUUUUGGAACAGAAAACCAUCAAAAUGGAAAACCGCAAAAGGAUGCAGGAUACGGAAAAUCGUCUGCGUAAUAUCGAAAGUAAAAUGAACGAGAUGUUCCAUUUGUUGAAAGCCAUUAAAAAUGACAUGAACUGAAUGUAGAGGAGUUUUUUUUUAAAUAUUUUAUAAGAAUAAAAAAUGAUAUUUUUAAUUUUUUUAAUAACAUAAAACAUAAUAGAUUUUAUUUUAAAAUAUUACAACAAUAUGCAUUUGAAAUGUUAAUGUUAAGUAUUAAUUGAAUAUUGAAAAAAAUGAAAAGAGUUCAUAGAAUUCAUGUCGGUCCUAAAAUUCUAUUAUUUUUUAUUU